CCGUUGUUGUGACGCGAACGUGUAACCUGAGCAAACGCGCGUCACAAAACGUAUCUUGACAAAUUGGUUCUACGUGUACUGAAAGCGCCACACAGUCCGUCCGAUCACGACGUCAACAACUAUUAGAUUUCGUGUCUGGGGACGUUAAAGCUUUUGAGCUAGCUUAGUUUAGUUGCGUUUGGCUUGGCUUGCUAGCUGCGAACCACGAGACGCCCAUCUUAUUACAUAGCCCGAAACCGCCAUCGAGAGUGCGUGCAAACGUUGUGGUUAUCCUGUAAAAAUGUGUGCGAAAAGCGUGAAAGAAGAGUUCGAGGAGGAAAUUUGUUGGUCGAACGAGGAGAAAGAGCGACGGCAUCUUUUCAAGAAGCCUGCAGGUGUCUUACGCAGAACAGGUAUCGUCACGGUCUCGCGCCAAAGUACAUCUCUGACACGUUACCCUGUCAGAGCUCUGACAACCUCGGUGAGCGUUCUCCUGCUGGUUCCCAGAGUCCCAACUAAACCCGAGCUCAGCGAAGAAGGUCUUGAUUGCGAGAAGCAGGAGUGGAGCUCCAGGGAGGAGCAGCAGGAGCCAGAGCGUGCCCACAUCAAAGAGGAAGAGGAGGAGGCUGACGUCAGCGAGCUGCCAUUCACUUGUGUCAUUGUCAAGAGUGAAAAGGAUUUCCAAGACGAGUGUGAGCGAGACCAAGUGGACAGCCUCUUGGCUCCUCUGUCAGAGAGUGAUGACGUAACGUCACACUCUCCUCACGACGACGAUGAUGAUGAAGAGCACCCUGAAGGUGAUGCGACGUGUCACACUGACAACCAACACGUGAAAUGCUAUCAGUGUGACCAAACUUUUUUCAACAGGUCAUUGUUCAAAAAACACGCAUUAAGUGACUCUGAUUGUGGGAAAAGAUUUGCUGAGAAGGCUGAGGGUAAAACGUUUGCCUGCUCGGUUUGCUCCUUAAGUUUCCGCAGGCGUUGCAAUUUAAUUACACACACAAGAACGCAUACCGGAGAAAAACCGUUUGCUUGCCUCGUUUGUGCAAAACGAUUUGCACGCAAGGGACCUUUGAACGUUCACGUGAGAACGCACACCGGCGAGAAACCUUUCGCCUGCUCACUUUGCAGUAAAAGAUUUGCUCGUAAGGCGCAUCUGAACAUACACACGAAAACGCACACGGGAGAAAAACCUUUUGCCUGCUCAGUCUGCAACGUCAGUUUCAGUGAACGUUCGGGAUUGGCGCUACACAUGAGAACGCACACUGGGGAGAAGCCCUAUUCCUGCUCGGUUUGUGGAAGGAGAUUUGCACAAAGUCGCAAUUUGACGACGCACAGAAGAAUGCACACUGGGGAGAAGCCAUUUAGUUGCACCGUGUGUGAUGGACAAUUCUCUUACAAGUACCAAAUGGUCAAACAUAAGUGUGCUGGCGAGAAGAGCAGCGGCCAAUGAAGCUGCCGAAGUUUAAAGCAAGUGCAACUAUGAAGCUCGGAAAGUUUUUAGUAUUUACAGUAAGACUGGAAAGUACCGCACAGCGCAACGCUGGAUAUUUGGCUUUUGGCAUUUGCCUAGUUGCAUUUUUUUUUGCAGACUACAGUCCAUUCUUUGUUGGGGAAAACUCAACCACUCAAUGUUUUGUACUCAGGCCAUACCAAUAAAAGCAAUUUUUGGGUGCCGUCUUAUUGCCAAGGAACUACGUUGACGCAAAUUGAGUAACUUCAUUGUGACAACAGCAAAGCUUUGGUGCCAUCGUUGUAUCUUCAGACAAUUUCAGACCUUCUAAGGCAGGCGCAGUCUCUAAUUUGUUUCUUUCUUAAUGAGUCCAAUCAGGAACCAGAAUCAGAAUCAACUUCAACCACUAGUAUCCCGAUAACACUGGUAACUUAGUGCAGUAUUUUAGCUUGAAAUGCAAAACGAAAUAUAUUUGAAACAUCAAAAGCAUCUUACUUUUUCGAUAUCGAAGCUACAUUAUAAAGACAUCCUGCUGUUAAUGUUUCAUCUGUAAUUUCAGCUCCUUUCUGACUAGAUCAAAGCAUCUACACAUCACUUGACGGAACAGUUAUGAAGAUUGUAACGCGUAACGUGAGAAUACAAAAAUAAAACAUGUUGUCCUGGGCAUUUGGGUUCCCGUACGUUGUUAUUCUUC